ACCUCUUCACCAACUCAGUCUCCCUUCUAGCCAUCAAGCCCUCGCCAUGGCGGUGCCGGGGCUGCAGAACCUGGGCAAUACGUGCUUCUUCAACGCCAUCCUGCAGGCGCUAGCAUCGCUCCCGAGUGUGCACGAGUUUCUCGAAGAGAUCGACCAGCGCGCGCGCGUCGAACGCCGUCGUAUCGCGUUCACCGGCGCUUUACGCGACUGUCUGGAGGCUCUGGCGCCUCGUGACACGCCGUGCGUGGUGACGCCCCGCAUUCUGAACGCCGAGCUGACCAGCAAACUCCGCGCCUUCCGCGGUAACAAGCAGCAGGACGCACAGGAGCUACUUCAGUUCCUCUUCAAGCUUGUAAGGGGCGAGCAACGCCGCUGUGCCGUACAGGACCAAGGCCUCGUGGACUUGAAUCCACGAGAUAUGUCCAUAUCCGACUCCAUCAGCGAUCUGCGGCUUAAUCAGGCCGUAAAUAAGCGCAGUUGGAACCCACUACAAGGACUACAAGUCAACUUACUGCAGUGCGCGAGGUGCCAUCGCUACCGACCGCUCAAUAAUCAGCCCUUCCUGGACGUAUCGUUGUCCAUUGUGGCACCAGGAGACAAGAAAGUUUCUCGAUUGACAGAUGCGCUACGGUUGUAUACGGAAGCGGAGGUUAUUAAAGACGUAGAAUGCAGCUAUUGCAGUGUCGUAGGCGAGCUGGAAGUGACGAGGAAGGAGUAUACACAGGCGCUCAAGGGACAGAAGAACGGGAGUGACAGGGACGUUGUGGAACAGGAACUGGCACAGCAUGAACUUAAAGGCUGGAUUCACACGCUCGAGCAGCUGGCCAACUCGUCCACAAGCUUUGACUUGGAGCAACUCGAGCGUCCGAUCCCUCGCAGUCGUGGCGACUGCUUGAAGCGGCUGCAGUUCUCUCGCAGUCCGGACGUCUUUUGUUUCCACUUGAAUCGGAAGGUUUACAUGAGAACUGGCGGUGCAGUUAAGCUGGAGACGUACGUGGAGUUCCCCUUGGAGCUCGAUAUGGACGACUAUUGCCAGUACGAGACCAGUGCUGGGGCUGAUCCAAAGGGCAAUGGACCCACUUCUUUGCGGAGACCUCGGGCAUCGAUACCCUCUUUUGGCGAAACAUCCAAGCAGCAGUAUCUUCUGUACGACUUGACUGCUGUUAUCCUCCAUCACGGUAAUGAGCGCUGUGGCCACUUCACGGCUUAUCGCCGCGCCAGUCCCUCGCAGUGGUUCUUCGUGUCGGAUGAUAAUGUACGCGAGGCUCCAGUUGCUGAAGUUCUCAAAAGCUGUGCGUACAUGCUUUUCUAUGAACGCAAAUAUCGGACCAAGCGGACAACACGCAGCUCCGAGACUGAAGAGACGACCGAUGACGAUGACAGUCUGCCGGACGUCCCAUUCGAGCCCCAUGUACUGCUACCAAACGGCCGUUUCUGAAAAGUCCACCUCAAACCAGACAACCCAGUGCAACGUAAAAAAAUUGAGCCCGUAAAUAUAUUGGUAAUUAUUGCUGAAGUCGUCAACUUGCCCAGUAGUCCGCCACGCUGAGCCACCAACACCUUCAUCACGCUCGGUUUGUCUAAUGUCAGAGAGGGAAGAUACAGUCUCGAUUCACUUCCUACUUUAGUUUGUUAAUAAUCGAAGAGCGGACUAUGAGCCAGCUUUGUACAGGGUAUUCUUGAGCGAUAUGACGCGAAAUGUAGGGUUGGCCGAUAAGCAGCGCAAACGUAUCCCUGUGGUGAGACUCAAUAAAGCUCCUCCUGCCGA